AUGACAGGAGUUGCCUACGAAUGGUACCACGGGAGAAAGGAGCGUCUUGAGAAUCAAAAUCUCGAGGACAACUGGCAGGCGUCUGCGACGCCGUUGUCAGACGGUUCUCAGACCCAAAGCAAGGAGCUCGUGAUGCUGCUGCCAUGUGGGCUCUCAAAGUACGAGGGUAACAUAGCCACGUACCUCACUCGCCUCCACGAUCUCAACCUCACGGUCCAUCUCACGGGUGAGAUGUACCGGCGUCUAGUAUACGCCGCCAUGCCUGCUGAGAUCACUCGGAAAAUUCACCACGAAUUGAAACGGCAUACAAACCCUACAGACGAUGAGUUCGACGAAGCAGUGAGGACCGCGGGUGAAGCUCACGAGGACACCCUUUUGAAAUUCGAACUUCAGCGAAGGUCAGGAAAAGUCGGGUACGGUUCAUCGAGGGAGCGGAUGACACCGGACAGCCGACGCACGCGCCAGGAACGCGCCAGUUCCCCCUUCGGUCAAUCUUCAAAACUGACAUCAAGAAACCGCGGCGGCAACACAGGAGAAUGGAAUAACCAGCAAAAGUAG